UCUGAGAUCGCUGACGUUAGGUCAGCUCUCGGCGAGCAUCAAAAGAUCCGUCGUAACCUGAGGAUUGUUAGCCAUCGGUUCAGGAGGUUCAUUCUUUUGUCUUUGGUUCUUGUUACUGCUACUCAGUUCAUGGCUUUGCUUACCACUACGAGAGCUAGUAUUGCUGUUAAUAUAUAUGAAGUUGGCGAGCUCGCGUUAUGUUCGUUGAGUUUGGUUACAGGAGUAUUCAUAUGUUUGAGAAGUGCAACGAAGAUAACUCACAAGGCUCAAUCCGUAACCAGCCUUGCAGCUAAAUGGAACGUUUGCGCAACAGUUGACUCGUUUGACCAUCUUGAUGGGGAACCUCCCACUGGUUCCAUGAUUGAAUCCCAAAUUUCCCCAUGUGGCAUUAAUUCGAUGGAUACAUCUGAUGAUGAAGAAGGAGAAGGAGACGAUGAUCUUGAUAAUACCAAGAUACAUCCCAUCUACGCUAAUACAAUUUCUUACCAAAAACGUCAAGCUCUAGUGACGUAUCUAGAGAACAAUAAAGCUGGGAUCACUGUGUAUGGAUUCCUAGUAGAUAGAUCAUGGUUGCAUACGAUAUUCGGAAUUGAACUCGCUCUUCUACUAUGGUUGCUCAAUAAAACGAUCGUGAAUAUACCAUGAACCAAAGUAUUUGGUA